UCUUCCAGGCACAACGAAGAAGAGCUUCUGAAUCUUUGUUGUUCUAAGUUUCAGAAAUAGCUAUGGAAGUAGCUUUGGUAACUAUCGCAGCUCGCUCUAUGGGCGAGAUGAUGAAAGAUCUCCUCCAACUUGACAAGAAACUCAAGGCAAUAAUUGGUGUCAAAGGGAAGAUGAAGAAGCUCAAGGAGUUGUCGAGGAUUAUUGACACGGUGAUCGAAGAUGUCGAGUCUCGCCCUUUAAUUGAUGCCGCUGUGAAGAACUUGUUGAGGAAGAUCGAAUUCUUGGCCAACGAUCUCGAGGAUGUUGUGGAUUGCUACGACAUCGAAGCCUUACGAAAGCAGAGAUCAAGAGAUUCUUUCAAGCUGGGAGAGAAUCAGAGAAGAAUAUGAUUGUCGACAUGUUAACAAAGGAUGAUGAUGAUGAAAGCAGUCAUGGUACAUUGAAGGUCAUCACCAUUGUUGGGAUGGGUGGCCUGGGGAAGACAACACUUGCUCAGCUUGUUUUCAGCUUGUUUCUGAACUUGUACUCAAGUCAUUCUUUCACUUAGCAUCUUCCAGGGAGCAUGAUUUUCUAUGGGCACCUUCCAAGGGGUAUGAUUUUGGAGAUGAUAGUCAUGUAACCAAGUGCACGAUGCAUGAUCUGAUGCAUGACUUGGCACGAUCAGUAGCGGGAGAUGUAUAUUGGAAUGCUAAAGAAGACUUGGCUAAAGAUAUUGGAAAAAGAACAUAUCAUUUGCAUGCGCACAUAUAUUUUGAAAAUUUAUCAACCAUUACUCAAGCCUUGGGCAAGAAGCCAUUGUACUUGCGUACCCUUAUAUUGAACUAUUUUAGUUUAAAGGUAGAUCAGCUUGAAUUUGUUUUCUCAGAACUGAAAUUUUUACAGGCGUUAGAUUUAACUGACAAUGGCAUCGGGGAGGUGCCAACAUCAAUACGAAAUCUGAUACAUUUGAGACACCUCAACUUAUCUAAGAAUAACAUUGAAGUUCUACCCGAUUCCAUAACCUUUCUCCCCAAUUUACAAUAUCUCGAUCUCAGUUUCAAUAGGGGACUUCGAGAGCUACCAAAAGAGUUGGGGAAUAUGCAAAGUCUUCGGGAUCUCGAUUGUAGGUGUCAUGAUUUACCGAGUGCUUUUUCCAAAAGUGAUCUUAGAUUGACCCACAUGCCUUGUGGGUUGUCACGACUAACGAAUCUUCAAAGUUUACGUGUCUUUGUUGCUGGGGACAGAAUUGGCGCAUGCUCAAUUAUAGAACUUGAGGAUUUGAAGCUUUAUGGAGAAAUAAAUAUUAUAUUUUCCGAGAAUUUUACUAAUUACUCAUGUGGUGGAAGAAAAGUCUUGAAGAAUAAAAAUCUUAAUGAACUAUGUUUACAGUUUAAUGGGUCAGAGAGAUAUGACAAGGAGAUGUUGGAUGAUCUUUGUCCCAACAAGAGCUUAAAGAAAUUGAGCAUAUGCAAUUAUGGGAGCCGACAAUUUCCAGCAUGGUUGAUAGAUUCACAGUUGCCAAAUUUGGUUGAAGUUAGCCUUAAAAACUGUCGUGAUUGUGAGCAUAUUCCUCCGUUGGGUAAUCUACAGUUUGUUAAGAAGAUUGACUUAGCCUUUAUGAGUGGCAUUACACAGAUGGGUGCCGAGUUUCAUGGGCGGAGAGGCUUUCCUUCUCUUCAAGAACUCAUCUUGAAUGGGUUGUAUAAUUUAGAGGAAUGGUCAGAGUCUCACGGUGUCGAUGAGUUGUUCCCUUCAUUGCAGUGGCUGCGGAUUUCCAAUUGUCCAAAAUUGAAAUGUAUGCCGAGGCUUCCUAAAAUCCAUUCCCUUGAGAUAUUUUACUGUAGUGCGAGCCUACUCUCAUGUGUUGAUAGACUCACUUCUCUUUCUGUUCUCCGAGCAAUGGAUAUUGACGGCAUGUCAUUUUUUCCAAGUGGCUGCAUUAGAAACCUCACUUCCUUGAUGGAAUUACGAAUUACACGAUGCAGACAACUCCUAUCUCUUCCUGGGGAUGAAAUGCAACACCUCACAUCCUUGACGAAAUUACAAAUUAUUCAAUGCACCAAACUCCAAUCUCUUCCUGGGGAUGAAAUGCAACACCUAAAAAUGAUUCGUUCAUUAACCAUUGACAGGUGUUAUAAUUUGGCAUCAUUCCCGUCAAAAGUGGGACGUCUCAAUUCUCUUCAUUUUCUACGGCUCGCAAGUUGUCCAAGCAUAAUAUUGCAGCCAGAAGAACUCGUACAAAUCUUGAAUUCAGUACAUGAGUUUGAAGUAACGAUUUGUGGCAACAACAUCAAUUUACGUGGGCAACUACAACACUUACACACGCUCAGAGAAUUGUUGAUAACUGGUGAACAUGAUAUCUAUAGCAACACCCAGUUAGGUAUUUGUUGUUGUGAUGAAUUGGAGUCAUUGAUGACGGCAGAACCAUCAAGCAGUGUUCUACAACAUCUACACAUAGAUGGAAUUUCCAACCUCACGACCUUGCCUGAUUGGCUACAGCAUCUCAAGUCUCUUCGUUUUCUGUCAAUCUACAACUGCUCACGACUAGGAACGCUACCAAGGGGUUUGAAGAGCUUACAUAUGUUGGAAACUUUGAGAAUUAUCGACUGUCCACAACUGAAAAGAAGAUGCGAAAGGGACACAGGCGAAGAUUGGUCGAUCAUCUCACAUGUGUCAUACGUUGAUGUUUAAUAGGCUCCUCAAAUACUUUGCUUGAAGCAUCAUACGCGACUCAAAAUGCA